AUGGAUGAAGGCAAUCAAACUGUGGCGACAGAAUUUGUGCUUUUGGGACUUACUCAUUCCCAGAAUCUUCAGCUCAUACUCUUUGUGAUGUUUCUGAUUCUUUAUGUUCUCACUGUGUCUGGAAAUAGCAUUGUCAUGUUCUUAAUUACCACUGACCGCCAUCUCCAUUCUCCCAUGUACUUCUUUUUGGCCAAUCUGUCCUUUAUUGAUAUGUGGCUUUCCUCAGUCACCACUCCUAAGAUGAUUACAGAUUUUCUCAGGGAACCAAAGAGAAUUUCAUUUGAAGGCUGCAUGUGUCAGGUCUUCUUUGACCAUUGUGUUGGUGCAGUAGAGAUGAUGAUGUUGGUGGUAAUGGCUUAUGACCGCUAUGUGGCCAUCUGCAAACCACUCCACUACUUCACCAUUAUGAACCUGAAAAGAUGCACUGGGUUGGUGUUAGCUUCCUGGACCAUUUCCUUUGUGCAUGCCAUGAGUCAGCUUUUGGCAGUUGUUAAGCUACCUCUCUGUGGCCACAUGGAAAUUGAUAGUUUCUUCUGUGACAUACCCCUGAUAAUCAAGUUAUCCUGCACAGAUUCCCAUGAUUUGGAUAUUUACAUGAAUGCUAACUGUGGGGCUGUGGUUGUAACCUGCUUCAUUCUGUUGCUCAUUUCCUACACAUACAUCCUUAUCACUGUUCGCCAGAGCUCUAAAGCUGGUGCAUCUAAGGCUCUGUCCACAUGCAGUGCCCACAUCACAGUGGUGAUGAUAUUUUUUGUUCCCUGCAUCUUCAUCUAUGUGUGGCCCCUCAAUAUCAUCUGGUUGGACAAAUUUCUUGCUGUAUUUUAUACUCUUAUUGCACCUUUCCUAAAUCCAGUCAUUUACACACUGAGAAAUAAAGAAAUGAAAAAUGCUAUAAAGAAAUUAAAAGGCUACUUCAUGAAUCACAAGGAUAGUACAUAA